GCCGCCUUGCCUCCUCUCCACGACGCCCCCUCUUCGUCCCUCUCGCCGCUUCCCGUCCCCGCUCCGCCUAGCCCGGGUGGCUUCCUCUCGCUCCCUCUCUCUCCAGUGCUGCGCGCUCCUCACCCCCAGCCGGCUCCUGGGCGACGACUCUGGCUGUGCCUCCAUACCCUCACACUCCCUCGCACCGCGCCAUGUCCGACUACUCGCUCCGCCCGCCGCACUCGCCCGGCGGCCACCGCUCCUCGUCGCCGCAGCCCGGCGGCGGGCAGGCGCGCUACUCGCUGGGCAAGGCGGCCGGCGCGGCCGCGCUGGCAAAGUCGCCCGGCAUGGGCCAGCAGCAGAGCAGCAACCAGAUGCCGGCCAGCGCGCGCCUGGGCAUGGGCACGCCGCAGCAGCAGCAGCACAGCGUGCGCCCCAGCUCCGAGAUGCUCGGCAUGGCCGCGGCCAUGCAGGGCGGCAGUGCCGAGUCCGACGCCAUCGACAAGUGGUUCGAGGAUCUGCGCCACUACGAGGCCACUCUUGAGGAGAUGGCCGCCGCGUCGCUGGACCAGAACUUCAAGGAGGAGCUCUCGGCCAUCGAGCAGUGGUUCCGCGUGCUCUCCGAGGCCGAGCGCACCGCCGCGCUCUACUCGCUGCUGCAGGAGUCGACGCAGGUGCAGAUCCGCUUCUUCAUCACCGUGCUGCAGCAGAUGGCGCGCUCGGACCCGAUGAGCGCGCUGCUGAGCCCGAGCCACUCGAGCAACCCGAUGGCCGACCAGAUGGAGGCCAAGCUGGCGUCGCUCGGCCUCAAGUCGCCCAGCGCGAUGAAGAGCCCGGCGUCGCCCGGCGGGCGCGGCGCGCGGCAGUCGUCGGACGCCGCCGGCUUCCUCUCGCCCAACCUGGCGAGCAUGUACGGCGCGGGCGCCAUGAGCGGCGAUGCGGCCAGCAUGCUGGCGGCGCAGCGUGCCAAGCUCAAGGCGAACCGCAUCAGCGCGCCGGGCACGCUGGCAGGCGACAGCAGUGCGCGCAACUUCAACGGCGGCAGCCUCGACCAGGUCGCCGAGGGUGGUCGUAGCCCUGGCGCACAGCCGCACCGCAGCCUUGGAGGCAUGGGCGCCGACGGCAGCGGCAACGGCGCCGCUCGCCCGAAGAGCACCGACGGCCUGAGCCAGGCGGCCAAGAGCCCGCGUGCCAGCGGGCCGCUCGACGACCAGCUGAGCCCGAUCCAGUCGGGCAACUGGUCGUCGAUGGUCAACACGCCGCUGCUGCCCAUGUUCGACGAGAAGGCGCAGGGCGGCCACGGCGCCGCCAACGCCGACCUCGACGCCGCCUCGGCGCAGCUGGCGGCCGUCGGCAACGGCGCGGCCAACUCGCGCAUCCUGCUCGAGCAGGACGUGGCCAAGUACCGCCGCAAGAGCCAGCAGGGCAUGCCGGGCCAGGGCGGCCAGCAGCAGCAGACGAGCGGCGCGCCGGGCGUGCAGGGCGUGCUGAGCGGCAUGUACGAUGGCGCCACGAGUCCCGGCGCCAGUCCCAACAUGGGCGGCUCUUCGCCCGGCCCGUGGAACGCCACGCAGCAGGACUUCCUGCGGCACGCCAUGGCCAACGUCUCGUCGCCCGGCGGCGCCAGCAACGGCGGCUUCAACAUGGCCAUGUCGCCCAACGCGCUGGCCGGCCUGCAGAGCCCCUCGGGCGGCCUCGGCAACCCGGUCAACAUGCAAAUGAUGAACGCCAUGGCGGCCAUGGGCGGCCUGGGCAACAUGAGUGCCGCGCAGUUCCUCGCCAUGCAGCAGCAGAUUCUGCAGAGCCAGCAGCAGAUUGCCGCCAUGGCCGCGGCGGGCAACGCCGGCACGUAUCGCAGCCAGCACCAGCUGCACCAGCAACAGCAGCAGCAGAUGAACCAGCCGAUGCCGAUGCGGCAGAACUCGGGCGGCCUCGGCGGCUUUGGCGGCGGCCUCUCUCCCGGCGUCGGCCUCAACUCUUCGGGCCGUCGCUCGCCCGGCCUGCCGGCACGCACGCCGAUGGCCUCGUCUCGCAGCGGCGCGCCGCCGAGCGCGGGCGCGCCGGGCGGCGGCAAGGAGGAGGAGGAGGUGCCGCCGCUCAACGUGCUCGAGGACACGGCGGCGUGGCUGCGCUACCUGCGCCUGCACAAGUACACGCCCAACUUUGAGGGCAGCAAGUGGCGCGACAUGGUGCUCAUGGACGACGCGGCCCUCGAGGCAAAGGGCGUGGCGGCGCUCGGUGCAAGACGCAAGCUGCUCAAGACGUUUGAACUGGUGCGCGCAAAGUACGGCAUCAAGACGCCUGGCGACGACAAGGAGGCGCCCGAGGUGCCGUCGAAGGACGCCGAGGAGUGAAAGCAUUCCUCGCGCUGCUCUGCCUUCGUCGCUGCCGGCCCCUUCGCCGUCCACCUUUCCACCUUCCUUUUCCACCCCGUCACCUCCCAUGCCCAUCCUGCUGCUCUUCCUCACAUGCCCACUGCCCCCUCCAGAGGCACGAUGCGCAGGCGCUCGCUCUUCUUCCCUAGACGACUAGGAGCGCGUGCGCUCGGCCUCUGUAUACACAUCCACCUUUGCGCGCCUUCUUCUCGCUCUUGCUUGAACUUCACCCCACGCCCCGCGUCCGCGCGUAGCAGAGAGGAGACGCGCAGCAUACUCUGCGCUCUCUCUUCUCUCCCUCUCGCUCUCUCGGGCCCUGCCGCUGUUCCGUGUGCCGCUACGACCUGCUACGUCAUGAGAAAAGUAACACUUGCUGCCUGCU